UCUGUUUUUUUGACAUUGUUUAAAACAAAGAUGGAUCGUCGUGGUCCCGCGGUAAGACGAUUGUACCGUGUCAUACAACACGUGUAUGCAACAUAUAUCAAACCCAAGAAUCUCGUCUACAUCGAUGGCGGAAAAUCCACUCAAUCAAAACUGAUGGGGACGUUUCGACAAGAUUUUGUUUCUGCUAUCAGAGGUUUAGCUCACAUUGUUUCCACUCUCGAAAUUGGUUGCCUGGUGAAACCGUCUGUUUUUGAACAAUACAACCGAGAGCUGAAGAAGCUAGAGGAGAAUCUGGGUUCUGUCAAGGAUGUUUCAGAGGCAUUUGGGUUUGCUAGGGAAGCAAUUGAGUCUGAGAUUCUUCCCCUGUGGAAGUCUCUCUUUGAAUCAAAUUCUCAAGUGAUAAAACUUGAUAAGACUAUUAAUAGUGAGCUGCUUAGGCCUCUCUUGAACGAAUUGAACAAGGAGAUUUGUGCUCGUAGUCUUAGGGGCUAUUAUUGGUUUGUGAGUUUAGAAGAUUUUUGA